GAAGUGAAAGAUGUUUAAUAUUCUUCCGAAGAAUUUACAUACAGCACAUUAAGAUUCUGUAGCGACGCUUACGACUGAAAAUAUAUUAUCAUGCAGAAAUAUCUGAUUGUGUCACUUUGCGUUUUCGCUGCAUUUAUUUCGAUAGAAGCGAGACCUUGGUAUGAAGGUGGAUAUAGUGAUAAUGGAUAUAGCAGCAAUGGAUAUAGUAGUAAUGGAUAUAUUAGAAGUGGCAACGCUAACAACGGAAAUGGCGGUAGUGGAUAUGAUGGUAAUGGAUAUGAAAGCAAUGGAUAUAGCAGCAAUGGAUACGGCAACAGCGGUAAUGGCGGCAGCGCAAGAUUAAUUAAUAGCCACAGUCAAUUCGAUUAUGGAGUCUACGUACCGAGAUCAUGCCCACACUGCAAAGUAAAUAACUUUGGGAAUGGUGAUUACAAUGAACAUACCUUCAACUUACCAAGAGGAAUAUACAACUAAUUUUAAGAUAUUUUUGUAAUAUUUAGUUUACAUCUUACAUCUAAUAAACUUUUAUUAAACUUA